AUGGUUGUUUCAUUUACUCAUUCUGUCCAUAUUGUUAGUUUAACUCUUUUUUGUGUGCCCCAGUAUAAUCCAUUUAGGAGGAUUUGGGAUCAUGCUAUGGGUCUGAUCAACCUCCAAGCUCAGGGGUGGGAGUUCAAACAGAAAAGGGAGGGUGGUAUAUGGUUCCACCUUUGUAAAGAGCAUCGCAGCUGGGGUAGCAAUCUUCUGACCAACAUUGCCAGUCAGGCCAGCAAGAAAAUGAAAUACUCUGAGUCCCCAACAGAGACGCUGAACUCCAGCAUGAUGCACGGGAUGAAUGGGGUACUCAGCAUUAAACAGGAGCCUCCAGGUGCCCAGUUCACCAGGUAUAUUGGAGAAUGUUCAGUUGGAGACGAUGACCUUUCAACAUAUGACCUUGACUCCAAUGGAGGAUUCAUUGACAGCACAUGUCAAGUCAUCAAAUGGCUGCCAUUUUCUCAGUCACAGUGGGUGGUUCUCGCUGAUGGAGACCUGAAAGAUUUGCCUACCCCACAUUACAGAGUAGAUGCAGACAAAGGUUUCAACUUCUCUGUGCCAGAUGAAGCGUUUGUUUGUCAAAAGAAGAACCAUUUCCAGGUCACAGUUCAUAUGCGUCUGCAUGGAAAUGCUAAAUAUAUCCGCACAACAGAAGGAGUGAAGAAAAUGGAGAAUUACUACCUACAUUUUUAUGGUAUCAAGAUGGAAUCACAAAAUCAGCACAUCAAGAUAGAGCAGUCUCAGUCAGACCGAAGCAAGAAGUCGUUUCAUCCGGUGAAAGUCGACCUUCCAGCUGACCAGGAGACGAAGGUCACAGUAGGUCGUUUGCACUUCAGCGAGACAACUAGCAACAACAUGAGAAAGAAAGGGAAACCCAACCCAGACCAGCGAUAUUUCUUGCUUGUUGUCAGCCUGCAUGCUCACUGUGGGGACAAAGAUUACAUGCUAGUGGGCAGUGUCUCCGACAGAAUCAUUGUUAGAGCAUCAAAUCCUGGCCAGUUUGACAGUGAUGUAGAUGUCAUGUGGCAGAAAGGUCAGACACAGGAGUCUGUCUAUCACAUGGGCAAAGUUGGCAUAAACACUGACCACCCAGAAGAAUCUCUGACAGUAAUUGGCAACAUGAGACUAACAGGGCACUUGACUCAACCUUCUGAUAUGAGAGCAAAAGAGUCCAUACAGGAGAUUGAUCCCAAAGACCAGCUGGAGAAUGUGUCCAAACUUCGAAUCUACAAAUACAAAUACAGGGAGGAAUAUGCAGUACAUGCAGGGAUUUCCCCAGACAAUAGAGAAGACACAGGAGUGCUGGCUCAGGAGAUUCUAGAUGUGCUCCCGGAUGCUGUACAAGUGACCGGAGAUGUUGUCUUGUCCAGUGGGGAGACAAUUGAGAAUUUCUUGGUUGUUAAUAAAGAUCGUAUUUUUAUGGAGAAUGUUGGAGCAGUUAAAGAACUGUGCAAGUUGACGGACAAUCUUGAAGUGCGUAUCGACCAGUUAGAAAAGAUGAACAAGAAAUUGGGAAAACUGAAACGAUUUGACAGCCUGAAAUCCACAAGCAGCACCUUCAGUGCCAAGUCUAUUUCAACAGUGAGUGGAAGUACUUUCGGAGGUAGCCAGCAUAACAGCACCAGUAGAUGCAGCAGUCACGUGAAAAGUUUGAAAGGCAGCAGGUCAACUCUGGGCAGUUUUGUGAUCUGGCCGUUCAAGAAUAAAUGCACCAGCUGGAUCAGAUACCUUAUCAUUGGUUUGAUUGUGCUGAUGCUCUUGUGCUUGGCAGCCUUAGCUUGUCUCUACAUAUUAGAAGUUCAGAAACCAGAUUCGGAAAAUCCCGUCGUCUCAGCUGUAGAAACAGCGCCACCUUCAGUUUCAAAUGAGGAAUCUGCCCCAACAGUUUCCACCAGAGCUAGGCCAACGGAAACAGUAACACUAAGUAGCAGUACAGCUGUUGGAGUGACUAGACCUAGUACUGCAGUAACAACAAACACAGCGACAACAUCGGUGUUAUCUCCGGACCAGCCCAGCUACCCACCAGUUGUACCACCAUACCCACCCUGUACUGAAGGUUACUGUGAGAAACUGUGUUGUCCUCCCCCGCAUGAGGAUGGCACAAAUGAGGAUUCACACG